AUGCAGCUCUUGGGACGGAGCAAUGAAUUAAUAGAAAUUUAUUAUAUGUCGCCCAUUCCCGUGUUUUUAAAAUCGAUUGUAACAGUAUGCUUACAACGAUUUGAAGAGCGCUCCAUCGCAAUAAAGGACUAUCAUACUGUGCAAGCCAACAAGUGGCAAUAUUUGGCUACCCUAUAUAAACACGAUCUUGCAAACUAUGACGGGCGAGAUAAAUUCCUCCUAAACAAUGGAAAGCUGCAACUUAAAUUGCAAUUUAUGGUAACAAAUGAUGUAAAAGUUGAGGGAGUAAAUAUACCAGAAACACAAUUAAGUAAUGAUUUUGAGAAACUUUUAAAUGACAGUCUAUUUUCAGAUGUAGUAAUGAAAUCUGCUGAAGGUUUUGAGUACAAAGUGCAUAAGGCUGUACUGGCAAGUCGCAGCCAGGUAUUAAAAGCACACUUUGACCAUAACACAACAGAGUGCUUGACAAAUAUAAUCGAAUCUCCUUUUGAAACUGAUUCUCUUAGAGAAGUACUAACAUUUAUAUAUAUCGACAAAGCACCAAGAGUUGAUGAAAUACCAGAAAUAUUAUUAGCUGCUGCUGACUAUUAUCAGCUAAGUGGGCUAAAAAGUCUUUGUGAGGAGGCAUUAUACAAGAAAGUGACUGUUGAGAAUGCCAUAGAGACAUUACAAUUAGCAGAUUUACACUCUGCCAAAACUCUAAAAGAAUUAACAUUGGAAUUUAUCAAAGAUGGCCAAGCCAAGCUUAUUACUAAAACAGAGGGAUGGGCUAAGAUUAAGUCAGUGGAAUUGAUUAAAAGCAUUUAUGAGUAUAUUAUGACUGAUGAUGUAGAAGCCGACAUUAAACAAUCUAUGGCACAGAUCUUAUAA